AUGGCCGACGCAGUUGCUCCGCCGACGAACAAGUGGACAUCCUGGCUCUUCCAGAUCUUCGCGUCCGCACAGCCGCCUCCGCUCGGGACGCUGGACAUCGACGAGAUCGAAGAGAAGGCAAAGCAGGUGCUGAGCAAUGAUCCAUCCGCUUUUCUCUAUGUCAUGAAGAGUGCGGGUAUAUGCACAACGCAUGACGCCAACCGUCAAGCGUUUAACCGGUGGAGGCUAAUCCCGCGUGUACUUACAGACGCUGCGUCCCGCAACAUUGAAACCACAAUAUUUGGCGUCAUACACCCAUCCCCGCUCUUUGUUGGACCUGUUGGCGCGCAAAGCCUCGUCCACCCGGAAGGCGAACUGGCGGUCGCGCGCGCAGCUGCCAAAGUGGGCGUUCCCAUGGUCUUGAGCACCGCUGCGUCGAGGUCCAUUGAAGAGGUCGCGGAAGCCAACAGCGACGGACAUAGGUGGUAUCAACUUUACUGGACUCGCUCAGCAGACGUUACUAUCUCGCUACUGAACCGCGCUAAGGCGAAUGGCUACACCGCACUCGUCAUCACAGUCGACACCAUGAUCAUCGGCUGGCGCCCGCACGACAACGGUAAACCCUAUCUGCCCACGGGGCACGGCUUCGGGAACCAGCAGGGCCUUUCGGAUCCCGUGUUCAUGAAGCGCUUCGGGUUCCAGGCGCGCACACAUGAGCACCCCACGUGGCCGUAUGACCAGAAGACGAUUAGGGAUGCGUUGGAGAAGGGAGACGCGAAGGCGCAGGAGGCGCUGAUGCUGGGAGGCCAGUGGGUUGGCGAAAUUGGAAGCGGGGCGUUCAGGACGUGGGACGAACUUGGGUUUAUAAGGGAGCACUGGGACGGGCCGGUUGUUUUGAAGGGAAUUCUUUCAGUUGAUGACGCCGAGAAGGCGAUAGACGUAGGCAUCGAUGGGAUCAUUGUGUCUAACCAUGGCGGCCGGCAAGUCGACGGCGCGAUAGCCUCGCUCGACGCGCUGGAGAUGAUCACCCGGUCUACGAAGGUGGUCGAGGCCCAGCGGAACGGCAAACUUACGAUCCUCUUUGACUCGGGCGUCCGUACCGGGAGUGACGUCAUCAAGGCCCUUGCCAUGGGCGCACAGGCUGUCCUCAUUGCCCGGCCGUUCAUGUAUGGCCUGGCGAUCGCGGGUCAGGACGGUGUCGAGCAGAUCUUGAUGCAAACGAUUUGUGAUAUGCACAUCACGCUAGGAUUGAUUGGAUAUUCGUCCGUAAAGGACUUGAUUGGGAAGAGGGAGAGGGUGUUGAUAAAGUCUGACUAUUGA